UCUCGGCUCGCAGCCCGCAGCCCCCGGCCCUCCUUCCUGCCCGCCUCCCCGGGCGGAGAGCACCCGGCCCGGCCGCUUUCCUACCCCCCCUUUCCCAUCUCCUUUCCCCCCCCUCCCUUUCCCUUCUCCCCGUCCCCUUCCCUCUCCCUUCCCUCCCGGCCCCGCUGCUGCCAGGGGCGAAGCCGCCCGCCGCGACCCGUUUUCUUGGAUUUUAGUACUGGAAGACUCUCAAAUGACAACUUUGCUUAGGAGCUGAACCUCGUGUCCUGCCCUGUGCUCGCUGGGGGAAGGCCCUGAAGGACAUCUUGGAGUGACGGUACUGCUUCAUGCAGUUCAAUGUUCUGAGGUCAUGAAACUUAAUCCACAGCAAGCUCCAUUAUAUGGUGACUCUGUUAUUACUGUGCAGCUGACUGAGGAAGAUAAAGUUGAAGAUGAUGUAGUUUUCUACUUGGUCUUCACCGGGUCAACUGUCCAACACUGCACAAGCACAAGGAAGAUUAAUCCUGGGAGCCUGGAGACAAUUUCUCCUGGCCAUGACUGCUGUGAGACGGUGAAGGUGGUACUUUGUGCCUCCAAAGAAGGCCAUCCCAUUCUGGUCGUGGCAGAAGAGAGUUUCCAGUUCAUCCAGGAUGAAGCCUACGACGCAGCCCAGUUUCUGGCCACCUGCGCGGGGAACCAGCAGGCACUCAUCUUCACCCGCUUCUUGGACCGGUCAAGACCACCCGCUGCCGACGUGGACUUUUUGGAUGAGAAAGUGGCUUUGGCAUUUCGACACCUGAAGCUGCCGGCAGAAUGGAACGUGCUGGGAGCAGACCAGUCCCUGAACGGAAACACUGUCCCGUCAAUUUAGUCAUCAAAAUAAGUGGUGAAAUCCAGACCCGUGGUUACGAUUCUGGCGGUGUGGGCUUUUCAAGAUGGUGCUUUCGGAGCGCUGUGACGAUCGGCCGGGAGAGCGAGCCCUUCCCCUGGGAGCGCGGGGAGAAGCCGGCCCUUUGAUGAGCUGCGAGAUAGCCCUAGAUGCGGGCGGAUAACCGGGAGGCCAUCUUACUAGAUAAAACCCGUAGCAUCUCCCUGACUUUAGGAAUGCAGCUGCUGACGUCUUCAAUGCGUACGGCUUCCCAGAAGCGCUGAAUAAUAAACAUCCCUGUGCAAUACGCGUUCCUUAAGAAAUAAAGCUCCGCGAGCUCACCAGGUAGGAGGUCGGUGGAGAAGAAGUUGCUUUGCCCCAGUUUGGAAUAGUCUGGAUUGCGUUGCAGGUUUGAUAACUUUGCAUCAAAACCAGUAGGACUGUAGUGUGCAAUGCAACAGGCCACCAGGAUGAGAGAUCAGAAAGAUCCCAACAGAAUACAGAAAGAGAGAAUGUCUGAAGAGAGAAA